CAAGCAUACGCCAAACUAGCUCAGCCGGACACCACAAACACUUUUGUGCUGAAGUGCCCAAACACCUUCAGUGACGCUCAGAUUCCGGCCUCAGCAGAAACCAGCUCAGCUGCCAGCAACAUGCGCUCUAAGGGCUGCGAGAGGAGGAAAAGGGUGUGAUUGCUGGAAUUACCUCGCCUGGAAGGGCAGAAUCGAAUCCAAAGACAGCUCAGGAGGAGGAGGAGUGCCAGCCCACCUCCAACAGUCACGGGGAUUGUGGUCUCUCCCUCUUGCUGGAGCGCUCCAGAGAUGUUCCAGGACACCUGGACCAAGUUGGACACCCCAUGGACCACACAAGCAAGUCGGGCGCUCUGCAUGUGAUGGGUUGCAGGAGGCUGCAGAAGCACCACCUGGCUACUCGAGGUGUGCUUCAGAGUUCAGAAGCUGAAGGGGGUCUAGGAAAUGUUUUUCCAUGUGGCUGGGAUCCUUCUGCUUUCUCUGCACACUGCUGAAUCACAGGGGGAUGCAGAAAGGCCACAAUACCUGGCCCGGAUCUUGGCAUCUGCUGGAGAGACUGUCACGGUGACCUGCAAAAUCCCAGAUUUAUUUCGUAAAAGAACCGUGAGCUGGUCCAGGAGGGCACAAGGCAAGAGCCUGCAGCAGCUUGAGGCAAGCACUAAAUAUACAAUGCAAAAAAGAAAGGACCAAAAUAAUGAGCAACAUCUGAUCAUCAACGAGGUGCAAAGCAAUGACUCCGGAGUCUACUACUGUGCUGCAGACAUCAGUGGCUCCUUCAGAAUCGCGGAUGGGACCAGACUCAUGGUCAGAGAGGCAUCCGGGCCCAGCCUCUCCCUGCUGGCCCCUUCCUCCUGGGAGGGGGCUCUGCUUAGCCAUGGGAUCCCCCUGCUCUGCCUCUUCUAUGAUGGACACCCUGACUGGGGUACUGUCUCCUGGGAUAUUAGUGGGAACACUUCGGAGGACCAGAAGGACGGGGACGUGAUUGACGGGGAAGGACUCUUCGGCAUUUGGAGUUUAAAGCUGAUUCCUGCAGAGUCGUGGACUGAAGGGGCAUCCUAUACCUGUUCAGACCCAGGGAACCGAAACACCAGUGGGCUGAUAACCAUAAGCACAGUGUCCACAAUUGCAGGAAAGUGCAUUUUCAUUCUAUAUAUUGGGAUACCUUGUAUCCUCCUCCUCCUGUUGAUCCCACCUUUGGUCCUGCUCGCCAGAAAGCACCUUGCCAAAGGGAAUGCAGACCAGCCAGGAAAUCGGGUAUGCAUGCAUGAAAUCCCACAGACCGAUUACGCAGAAUUGCGCUGUAACAAGUGAAAUGGAUGUGGUUCAGUGGAUGGAUCCAGCCCGCUGGAAAAACGUUUUAAGUUCAAGAAGAAAAGCAAAUUCCAGGCUUAAAUAUCUUUGAAGUUGCUGAAUGUGGAGGCUUAUAUUAAAGAUGACGCUUUCCAGA